CAGCGGAAGGUCCGGGCUCCUCCCCCUCACUGCACGUUCUGAUGGGAUACACAUAGUACUUGCACAGGGGACGCACAGACAUGGGCCAGGCCUGGGACAUACAGACGCUGAGACACUGCUAGAGAAAGGAGCCCUCACACUGGGAGAGAAAGAGAGACACUGGGAGACUUUCACACAGCCAGAGAUGGGGUCAGGCGAGGCGUAUAGUAUAUCUGAGAGAGAGACAACAGGAAGAGACAGAUAGACGUUACAAUAGUAGAAGCCAGUGCGUUGAGAGCGUUUGCUGUAGCAGAGAGUGGCAUCUAUCGGCACACUCCAUUAAGCUGGUGAUUCCGCCCCGUACCGGUUACUACUGGGACACUCGGCACCGGGACGCCCCCUCGGAACUAACAGCGUCAUCUGUGUGGGCUCCGAGUCACCUGGAGCGGCGAGUUUGUGCUUCUCUCGACCGUGCGGAGCAACUGAAACAUGUUCGCUAAAGGGAAAGGUUCGGCGGUGCCGUCAGACGGACAGGCCCGAGAAAAGCUGGCGCUAUAUGUCUAUGAAUAUUUACUCCAUGUUGGGGCCCAGAAAUCUGCACAGACAUUCCUGUCUGAGAUACGAUGGGAGAAGAAUAUUACUUUGGGGGAACCUCCUGGCUUCCUACACUCCUGGUGGUGUGUAUUCUGGGACUUGUACUGUGCUGCUCCUGAGAGACGAGAUACCUGUGAACAUUCAAGUGAAGCAAAAGCUUUCCACGAUUAUAGUGCAGCAGCUGCUCCAAGUCCGGUUCUUGGGAACAUUCCCCCAAAUGACGGGAUGCCCGGAGGACCAAUUCCACCAGGAUUCUUCCAGCAGGGUCCUCCUGGAUCACAACCAUCACCUCAUUCACAGCCUCCUCCUCACAACCCCAACAUGAUGGGACCUCACAGUCAGCCUUUUAUGUCACCUCGGUACGCCGGUGGGCCAAGACCGCACAUACGAAUGAGUAAUCAGCCUCCUGGAAGUGUGCCUGGAUCUCAGCCUUUACUACCAAACUCCAUGGAUCCAAUUCGGCAAGGACACCCUGGCAUGGGAGGCCCUAUGCAAAGAAUGAACCCUCCCAGAUCAAUGGGCCCUAUGGGUCCCGGGCCUCAGUCUGAUCCUUGGUUAUCGUUGCAGAAUUAUGGCAGUGGAAUGAGACCACCACCUAACUCCUUAGGCCCUGGAAUGAACAUGGGUCCCGGAGCAGGCAGGCCGUGGCCAAACCCAAACGGUGGCAAUUCUAUUCCCUACUCCUCUUCCUCACCCGGCACAUAUGGGGGUCCCCCUGGAAGUGGAGGUCCUCCAGGAACACCCAUAAUGCCCAGCCCUGCAGAGUCAACAAAUUCAAGUGACAACAUCUAUACAAUGAUAAAUCCUGUUCCACCAUCAGGAAAUCGUUCAAACUUUCCAAUGGGACCUGGCUCAGACGGCCCGAUGGGAGGCAUGGGUGGGAUGGAGCCUCACCAUAUGAAUGGAUCGUUAGGGUCAGGAGACAUGGAUGGACUUCCGAAGAACUCCCCAAACAACUUAAGUGGCAUUAGUAAUCCUCCAGGGACACCAAGGGAUGAUGGCGAGUUAGGAGGGAACUUCCUUCAUUCUUUCCAAAAUGACAAUUCUGUUUAAAGGUGCUGCUGACUGUGACUUGAAUAUGCAGCAGUUGGUCUUACAGGUACUCUCCCAGCAUGACAAUGAGCGUGUGACCUCCUGUAUCUUCUCCUAGAGACAAUACUCAACUCCGCUGCUGCUUGGAAGGUCACCGUGAUAAAGCAAGAUGAUUUGUCUGGAUGUGAAAGGGUUCCUGGGACAGCUCCCCAGGUUUGGUUUUAUGCAAUAAAAAGGCAAAACUUUUUAUUCCAUCAAACAUGGAGGACAAAACUCUCGAGACAUGAAAAUUGCUCUGAGGAUUUAUAUAUGUACAGAUUUUUUUUCCCAUUUGCAAUAGAAGAAGCUUCAAUUAAUGGAUCUCAUUGCUGUCUCCCUUUUUUUAUUCUAUGUCUGUGACGUGAUAUUCAAGGAAAAUAGUUGAAAUAGGAAAUUUCUUGUGUCUCUAGCCUUCGUUUAAUUUUUCAAACAAACUGAAGAUUUCAGUUGCCCACAUCCCUCCAAAGAAUAUUUUUUUUAUUUCUUUUUUUGCGCAGUUCCCCCAAGACAAUAUCAAUUAAAAUGUGUAUUUGUUACUGUGCAGAGACUGUUCAGAUCUGCACAUGAGUCUCUCUUUACCUCAUGAAAAAAAGACUUGAUGUUAUGGUGAAACACCCAAGACUUUCAUUUUCCUCCUCCCCUUUCCUGCGAGUGCAACUUUACUCCGUAAGUCCAGGACAAAAAGGAAGAUGGUCUCACCAGAGAAACCGUUUUAUCUUUCAUUUCUUUUCCCAGAGAGGAAAUACUAGCAAGAUUUGAAGGCUUGAGAUUUAGAUGGCAAAACGUAUUUUUAGUGAUAAUAAUGCAGACUUUUGUAAGCUCCCGUGAAGAAGAAAAAUCUGAAAAGCAUGUGGAGGAAAGUACAUGGCAGAAUAUCUUGUUUACAGCCCACAGCUUCCCUUCCAUUUUUUUGUCACCACUGCCUGGUCUUAUUUCUUACUGUACCCUUCUCAGCCUGGAAGUCUGCCGCAAGCCAGCAUCGUAUCUGUUUGCUUUUCUCAUUCUGGAUCUACAUAAAAGAUUGGUACCUACAUGCAUACAUGUUGUUUUGGUUCAAUGAUUGUUUAAUAAAAGGGAUGGUAUUCUGCACCUCACCCAAGUCCUGCUUGAGUGGGAUGUUGGCUCAGACACUGAUCACAAAUUGUGACAUUAUUCUAUUUUAUCUUUUGUUAAAAGUAAUAAUUUGAUUUUGCCUAGUUUUGGGCAUUAUUAUUAUUGUGCAUUUUUUUGUCAAAUGGCUGGAAGGAGGGAAAACCAGCUCCUCUCAGGACUAUCUCAUGGGAGAAACUUGUUAUGUAUUUGAAAAGGGAUAGUUAAAUUAUUGUCUCUUGCUAUAGGACAGCUUGGAAUGAAAUGAUUAACGUUCUCCCUCCAUGCUGGAAAAAUUUAAUAAACUGAACUGAACACUC